AUGAAUUUAGAAUAAAUAUAAAAGGAACUUGAUACUAUAGAUAGACAAACAAGCAUUAUCAAUUUAUAAUGUAAAUUAUAUUGUGCCUAUCAAUCCUUUAUGUUUAGAUUCUUGAACAAGGAUGAGUAAGAAUUUAAUAUCAAAUUUAGCUUCAAAGUUUACACAUUUAGAAACCAUUAUGGGUCCUAUAUGGCGUUUGGAAUGGCAAUCCAUAAUACUUAUCAUCUAAGAUAAUCCAUUUUAAAGUAAUGCAUUCAUCUAACAAAAUCCAAAAAUCCCACAAUCAUUAAAUUGGCAGCAAUCCCCAUAACCACAGUUUAUUUUGGAGUCUUAUUUGGAUUGUGGCAUAUUCCCUCAUUUACUGGAGAGUUAGCUCUUAGAUUAUACUUUGGAACGCAAUCUGCAGUCUUUGACUUUUUAAUGGAUAAGGAUGAAUUAUUCUAAGAUAUCCCUUUGCGAUCAAUAAUAAAAUGA